GUAGAGCAGCUUUGUACUGUCGUAGUAUCAGCUAUGUAAAGUGUGAAGUAGCAAGAAGCGGUUUGUAGUGUCCGUUUUUCAGAACUCCUAAAACAUGGGAAGUUAUUUGGAUGACUAACUUCAGUCAAGGAGAUCGGUUUUCUUUCGUCAAACAUCUCGAAUGGUGUUCGUCACGAAUGUACUUAAACUGGUCUUCAGUGACAGUCUCGGGUGGUGAGAGAUGGACUUCUGUACGAAUAUCCUGGUUACUGGAGGGUCGGGGUUCAUUGGGUCCCAUUUCGUCUGUUCCUUGGUCAACAGACAUCCAGACUGGCGCAUUGUCAAUUUGGACAAUAUGGACUACUGUGCGAGUGCACGCAGCCUGGAACAGGUUGAAGAGAGAGACAACUACACGUUCAUCAAGGGGGACAUUUGCAAUCCACCCUUGGUAAACCACAUCUUCGCCACAGAAAACAUAGAUAUUGUUUUUCAUCUGGCCGCCAAAACACACGUUGAGUCUUCCUUCGUCUGUCCAUCAACAUACCAUAGGGUGAACGUGGAAGGGACGCGCGUGCUACUGAAGGGAGCUUUCGAUGCCAAGGUGGACAAGUUUGUUUACAUCAGCACAGACGAGGUUUACGGACAAAGCCUGGAUAAGGCGUUUGAGGAGACUAGCCCAAGACGACCCUCCAACCCAUACUCCAACACCAAAGCAGCCGCAGAACGUCUGGUGUUGUCCUACUGGGAGAAGUACAGGUUUCCUGUGAUCGUGACAAGGAGCAACAACGUAUAUGGACCCAGACAGUUCACUGAAAAGGUUAUUCCAAGAUUCAUCUCUCUUCUGCAAAACGACAAGAAGUGUACCAUACAAGGCACAAGGCCCCAGUCUCGCCACUUCCUGUUUGUGGAGGAUGUUGUUGAGGCCCUUCUCAUCAUUCUGGAGAAAGGGAUUGUGGGAGAAAUCUACAACAUUGGGGCCGACUUUGAAAUCUCCAUCAUCCAGCUGGCCAGAGAGCUAACCAAGAUGGUUAAGAACGUGCCGGACACGGACCUGGGUGACUGGUUAGAGUUUGUUGCAGAGCGGCCCCAGGUUGACCUCAGGUACCCCAUCAACUCGGACAAGCUGAGGCGUCUGGGCUGGGCGCCGGCCGUGUCCUGGGCCCAGGGUAUCAGGACCACAGGUCAUCUUUUGCCAUUUGCAGUGAAAUGGUACCAAGACAAUCCAGCCUUCUGGGAGGAGUUUACAGAACAGCCAAUCAGUUGUGAGCCUCACACUCAGGACCAAUAGACACACUGGAGAUGAAGGAACAUCUUAUGGUUGAAAAGAGACACAAAUGUUUUGUAUGACAAUGACCAAGAUGGAUUGUACAGCUUUUUAAAAAGGAUAUAAAAAAGAUUUAACAAGCCAGACUGUUUUUGUUUUUUUGACUCAAGUGAAACAGUCCUAGAACAGAGCCAAACAUGCUCUGAGUGCGGACUAAAUUAUAAUGAGUCAUAACCAUGAAAGUGAUCAACAAUAUACCUCCUCCACCUCAAGUAACACAAACAUUAGUUACGUAUUUGCCAAGUCCAAACUUUUAAUUUUGGUAAAAUCAUACAAUAAAUGCACAGGUAAGUGUUCUCGUGCAGUGCACAGCCUCUAAACUGAAUAUUACAUUUUACAUACUACAUAAAGCAAAUACUAACUAGUGGGCCACUUGCUGAGUAGGAAGAGUGUUGUGCCAGCCAAAAGCCCCACAAACUCUCACAUCUUUUCUUGUACCAAAGAUGUUUCGCUUUAGCUGUGGCUUGCCAAAUACUCGCUCAAGAACUCACCAAGGCCCAAAUAUACACACACAACAAUAGAGCAGAACCACAUGGUUUUGUUUUCUUUCAGAUUGCCAUGUGCCAGACAUUCACUGGGGGGAGGGGGGGAGAAAACUCAGAAACAAAAGAAACUAAAUUGAAUUGGAGAAUCUGGAAUCUGGACACUUAUUUGCACUAGUACAUGUUUUCUUUUUAGAAAAUGGUUUUGAUCAUUUUUAUCCAAACCUUGGCAUUGGUUGGUUGUUUCAAAUUUUGAUUGCCAAUUACAUGAUAACGGCUGAUUAGAUGUAACUGCAAUGAAGCCUGCAGUAGGUGUUGUAACAGGUGUUUUGAUAUGAGUCCAAUAUGACUUUGACAUUAAAAAGCUCACACUACCCCGAAAAAUAUAAAUUUCCACGCAUACCGGUGACAUUCAACAUUCAAGUGCCAGUGUUUUUGUUCUGUCUUUUGGUCAAGUUUCUUAAACUAUCACUUUUUAGGCUUAUAAAAAUAAAUAUUUCUCAAAAAUGCUUAAUAAAUUACACAAACUAGCAGCGAAAGUAGAAUCUAGUACUGUGUGCAAAUAGCUAAAUUCCAAGACUGCUACUGUACUAACCCCUGGUCCCAAAUAAAUCCUGGUUUAAAUAGUGAUAACACUUUCCCCUUUCUGAAACAAGCUGCGUUUCUCAUAACUUCACACACACUUCUGAAGCUUCAUAACCUCACACACACACUUCCGAAGCUUCACAAGGACACGUACUCAAGACAACAUUUAUAUAAAACUCUAAAUGUGCAAUAAAAGAACUUUCUGUAAAACUUGAUGGGCAAACAUCACAAAGGGGCCUAGACCUAACUUAAGUAGCACCAAUCAAUCUUAAGUUAUCACAACACUGUCAGUGCAUCUGUUCCAUGACCACCAAGUCAAUGUUAUCUUAUUCAAAUGUCAAGGCACGACACACUGAGAAUAUAUAUGCAUCUAUUGCACUUUAAAGUUAAAUGCCUUUUCCUGCAAAUGUUUGGCCAAACCUUCACAUGGAGAAAGCCUGUAUGCCAGUGAGACAGGCUGGCCAGUGAUUUUACAAAAUGCACCUACACGACCCAUCCCUCAAGGGAAGAAUAGCUGCAUUGAUUUUGUGUAGGAAAAUAUGAGCGCCCGGUCACAUGGGAUAGAUGCACCAGCCAAGGAACACUGCAAACUUCUCCAGCAGUGCACUGGAAAGCAAAACUACACUUCCCAUCAACCCCCUUGCUACGGGUGCAGUUCUCCAGUUAGCUCUGUACAUGACCGACCCUCGCUGACCCUGACCUGCCUGGGCCCCUGACCACCUCCCUGGACUCUACGUGGAAGAGCUUGUAUCUCGACACAGUUGACCCGAGAAUGUCUUUCGGAUUCAAACGCAGCUUGAAAAAAAUUAAAAUAAACUAUAAAAUUGAAUAAAAAAAA